CUGCUGGCUGAUAGUCUGUGUUCGACAAACACGCCUCAUCGGGCCCCUCCUGAGCCUUGCAAACGUCCGCUCCACGCAUCUUCGGGCUAUCAGGCAACCGAUUCGUUUGAUGGUGGUUUCGAAGCAGUGUCAUCAGAGGACUCCACAGUCACUGCAGACCCUGAUCUCAUCGAGGUCGAGGGAGAAAGGAAUCGACGAAAACUUGAGCCAAUGGUUUUGAAGCCACGUAAAAUUGUUCAUCCGGAGCCUCCACCCGAUCCGAAUAUCCGUCGAUCAACGCGUAAUCGAAUGAAGCCUGUUCGACAGUGGCUAGGUGAAAAGCCAGUAUAUGCAGUGUCGCCUGGAGGUGGAAGAACACUGCAAGGAGUGACUGAGGUUGAAAUACGCGAGCAGCGUUGGCUGAAGGUCCGAACGGCGGACUACGAUUUGGCUAGUCAGAGGGAAACGCAGAUUGCCGCUCGUAAACGUGCCCUCCGCGAAAAGCGUAGGCAGGAAGCGCGUGAACGCAAACAGCAACGUCUUCGAGAUCUACGAAAGCGUCAUAGGAGAGGAAUAGAUCUUGAGAUAACCGCGGAUUCGAUCGUUACAAGUAGCGAUGAGGAAGACUCUGAUUAA